GGGAAAAUCAGGCCCUUGUCUCUGCAACUACUGACUAUGAUGACAAGUAAACAACACAUUGGGUUAAUCAGUGGACUGAUUGCUCUCCUGAGCUUAAGGUAUCUAGAUGUGUGAAGGCAAGAACUAGAAUAGAGCCUACCUACCACCCUUAAAAUUUAGCCCUUAAAAUUUUGUCCUUGUGCCAACCUUACCUUAAUUGCAUAAUAUUUUAUGAAAAGAUAAUCUUCACCUCUAGCAAAAAAGCCAUACGUGAUCUCGAAUAUUGACCAAUAUUUUUUUUUUAAAAAAGAAGCCUACCUACUAUUCUUUUUUCAAAGAUAAGGAGUAAGACACCUAUGUAACCAAUUACUUAAAAAUUGUGUCUAUUGGCAAACACACAGUGAUGGAGAAACCCAAAAUGCUCUUCUUCAUCAUCUCCAUUUCCCUUCUUCUCAUCGUUCUUUCUAUCAGACCAAUCAUGGCAGCAGCACCACAACCAGCACCAAACAAGCACUUUGUGCUGGUCCAUGGUUCGGGCCAUGGGGCAUGGUCCUGGUACAAAAUUGUGGCACCACUGAGAUCAUCUGGUCACAAUGUCACUGCAAUAGAUUUAGCUGCUUCUGGGAUUGAUCCUAGGCAAGCCAAAACGCUCCGUUCGAUUUCUGAUUUCUUUCAGCCCUUGAUGGAUUUAAUGGCAUCUGUAGCUGCUGAUGAGAGAGUAAUCCUUGUUGGUCAUAGCCUUGGUGGGUUGGCUAUUUCUCAGGCCAUGGAGAGGUUCCCUCAUAAGAUAUCUGUUGCUGUUUUUGUCACUGCCUUGAUGCCUGGUCCUUCCCUCAAUAUAUCCACUCUCAAUCAAGAGUCGUUCAGACAAACAGGGUCAUUGCAUGACAGUCACUAUGAAUACGAUGAUGGGCCUGAUAAGCCUCCAACCACAUUAAUUCUCGGCCCAUUGUUCUUGUCCACAAAUGUAUACCAGUUCAGCCCAACUGAGGAUUUGGCACUGGCAACGAUGUUGAUGAGACCAUUACGUUUGUUCAGUGAAGAAGACAUGUCCAAGGAAUUAAAGCUAUCAAGUGAGAAUUACGGAUUGGUCAAACGAGUCUUCAUCAUAUCAGAGAAAGAUUAUUUGUCAAAGAUUGAAUUUCAACGGUGGAUGAUCGAGGGGAAUCCACCAAAUCAAGUGGUGGAGAUCAGUGGAUCAGACCAUAUGGUCAUGAUGUCUAAACCAUUGGAGCUCUUGUCUCACCUCCAAUGUAUUGCCAAUACUUACAGUUAAAUUACUCUUUAAUAGAACAUUUGGAACACAAGGGAUUACUUGAAUGAUAUUGUGAUAGAUCAUA